GCUGACUUUGAGCCUGGCGGCCAUAUUGUACCUACCUGAAGAUAAAUGAUGACGACCACAGUUACUAGACAAGGAAUUUGCUGCGAAGGCAUUCUACACAGUUGGAAGCGCUAUUAGAAGGACAUUACAAGCAAUAGUGAAGCCUAAGAUGCCCCACAAAUCCCGUCCACCCAGAAGGAAGAGAGCGUCUCUAACAGAUUUACUUCUUGCCUACGUCGUAAUCGUUGUAUUGGGUGUUACAUUCUAUGUCUACUUCAUCACUUCCGCUACUCAACACCUCACGUCAAAUCGGAUCUCUCAAAGAACCUACCGAAAUGUUUUCGAAGGAAGACAGCCUCAGAAUCAAUGGGGACACGCUGUACUGUAUAAUUUAGAUCAAACUCAGCAAAGGCUUGGAAUUCGGAACGCCAAUGAAAAUAUUAAAGAACUCUCGGAGGAUGAGAAAAACCUGUUGCCAGUUGAAUCUUAUUUAGGAGAUGGCCCCCGGCAGACAUCAUGUGACAACUGUUUUAAAUACAACGUGAAGGCAGUUAUAAAGGCCAAUUCAUGUUUAACGUCUUGGGCAAGCAAACACAUAGAUCUUUUAGUACUGAUACUCUCGGCCCCAGAGAACAUCGACAGAAGAAACGCCCUGCGCGAGACUUGGUUGUCUCCUUAUAUAAACAACACCAGCAAAGUACGAUAUUUAUUUUUGUUAGGGUUGAGUGAAUAUGUAGCUUCUGAUGCUAUAAUUCAACAAGAAAACACUGUGUAUAAGGAUAUUCUCCAAGGUGACUUUCUGGACGAUUAUCACAACCUUACUUACAAAACCCUGAUGGGACUUACAUGGGCAGCGAAUCAUUGUAAAGAGGCGAAAUUAAUUAUUAAAGUAGAUGACGAUGUUUGGUUAAAUAUACCAACAUUACUGCAACUUCUUAACUAUAAUCUGCAUUCAUUCUCUGUUGGCGGCAAAUGUUUACACAACUCUCUACCUAUAAGGAACCCGGAUUCUAAAUGGUAUGCAUCGCUCCAGAGUUACCCGGAAGCUUACUUUCCGCCAUUUUGUGCAGGACCGGGUUAUGUGAUAUCACCAAAGACCGCAGCAAAGAUUUUAGAAGUUUCUAAGAAUGUUCCCUAUUUUCACCUCGAGGAUGUCUACGUGGGAAUGUGUAUUCAGAAACUAGGACAGCGAACAAAAACGAUUUACGGCUUUUUGUCUUUUAAGCCGUCCGGUCAUUUAUGUCGUCUGCGACACUAUUCCAUAAUCCUGAUUCACGAGGUGUCUCCGAAAGACAUGCGGCUGACUUGGGAUUACAGGUGUGGCGGGAAAACCUUCUUAGGCAGGAAGCGGCGCAGAAUGUUGGGUUAACAAGGCCAAAAGGUAGACUUGCACUUUGCCAGCAAAUGCCGGACAAUCACACCCUAACAAGGGAGUAACCUAGCGGUCAAAGUGUUUGCCCGUGACCUGGUUCGAUUCCCCACAUUGGUACAGUGAGUGAAGAACAUUUCUGGUGACCCCGCCGUGAUGUCGAUGGAAUAUUGCUGAAAGCGGCGUAAAACCAAACGCACUUACAACCUAACUGUGCUGUACAUGGUACCGCGCAUGAGUAUCUGUGAAUAUCAGACGAAUUUAUUUGUUAUUUCUGUUUAUCAAUGAAUAAUGAUAGUUAUUAUCAUUAAUUGUUAGCGUAGUGACUGGAUGUGGAUAUAAGCCAGUCAACAUUAUUACCGCUGUUUCACUGAGAGGCCAUUAGAUAGAUGGGUCUAGAUCUAAUCUGAGUAUACGAUCUUAAGUACAGACACAGAUUCAUGAUAACACGAAGCGAUAGCAUCAGCAGGGUCAUGCAUUGCAACCAUACUGGCUCUUCCGACGAGCGUGUAAAAUUGGGUUUCUGAAUUGUACGUUCGUUGUAAAACAAUGGAAUCAACUGUGUGAAUGAGACUUCUGUUGCUUAUAAAUUAAAAGUUAGAAUUCAGUGUAUAUAUGUUUAUAAAAAAUCUCGAAACAUGAAUAAAAUUCUCACACAACA